ACAAGAUCAAUUACUUAGUUUAUCAACUGAAUAAUUACCGAUAAUCUUUAACGUUUUUUUUCAUCCCUUUCAACACGGGUGGAUGGACGAUGAUUAUUGUGUCCAAAUUUUUUAGACACUUUUCAAAAUAAGUAUUUUUCGGGAAAUAAUACUACUGUACAUAAUACUCCUUUCAUAAAAGUGACAGUAUUAAAAGUGUCAAUUAUUAGGGCGAGUGGCUGUUCACUAAGGGCGAGUAGAUAUUACUGGCUACUAGUCCUGCAGGGCGAGUGGUGUGAAAAAAUUUUUUACACCCCUGCAUUUAGAGCUUAGAGUAUAAUUAUGCAUUGUACAUUUAUCAAGGUUUCAGAAAUCCCAUGUCCGGAGCCCGGGAGCUACCAGAAAAUUCUGCCGGGCUACUAAAUUUUUUCAGAGCGUGCCUGCCGGGCUACCUUGAAACUUUGUAUCGAGUAGCCCGGAAAUCAAUAAUUUAGUCUUCAAAUAUAAUUUUGAUAGUUAUCUAUAAUCCCCUGUUUAUCAAGAGAUACACGCCCAAGGCUUUAAUUAUUAUCACCUGCUGUCAUAAUCGGCAAACAAUUAACCGUUAAAUCGUACCCGCAGGCAACAUGAGACAGAUGUUUACAAAAACAUGUGCACGAGUGAUUUUAGACUGAUCCAGUAACACCAAAGUCACAGAUCGGUAUUGUUUAAAACAAUAUGCAAACCAGUCUUAAAAUUACGUCAUUUUAGCGCCACCUGCCAAAGAGUACUUUCGGUUUCGCUGACCUCAAUAUUUAUCGAGCGAUCAGAAAGAACAGAUAUGUUUGAUUUUGAGGCAGUUUAGUGCAUCGUUGGAAGGUGCUCCCGAAAUGUCAGCAGGUAAAUGUGUUGGCGGUUAUUCAGAUCAGCAGCUUUUGAGCCGGAUAAAUGGAAUGGAAUCAUACAGUAAGGCAGCACUUUCAUUGUUCCGUCUACUUUUCAAGGAGGAAGAGUACAUUGGGAGGUCACUUACUGGUUCGAAAUCAAGAUCUGGGGAGGCAAAGCCUGCAGUAGACCAAGAUCGACUUGGCAGGAUUUACAAUGUAAUAGCUCAGAAGUUCCCGCAUAUAACCCCGGUGAUGGUGCGGGAACGGUUAAGGGACUUGGUAAAACCAUCCAGGACAAAGCGGCACUAAAAUGGAUGCAGCGUCACUGUGUUAUAAAUGACAUUAAUGCUUGAUAAAUAUCAAAAUGGAUUGUGGUUUUGAACAAAAUUUAAAUGCUUUUAUUCAUUAUACAUUAAUGCUUUGUUCGUUAUAUAUUUUAAAAUAAAUUGUGGUUUUAAAUUAGA